CCCUCCUCCACGAGUCUCAUCUUUCUCUCCAGUGACUUUCUGGGACUAUCGUCCAGCCAGGUGAACCAUGGAUGCUCUGCGAGUGGCCAACACAGCCUUUGCAGUUGACAUGUUCAAGGAGAUGUGUACCAAGAAUAAGACUGGGAAUGUGCUGUUCUCUCCACUCUGCCUCUCGACGUCCCUGUCUCUGGCUCAAGUGGGCACCAAAGGAGACACGGCAGAUGAGAUGGGAAAGGUCCUUCAUUUUGAAAAUGUCAAAGACGUGCCUUUUGGGUUCCAGACUGUAACGUCCGAUGUAAACAAACUCAGUUCCUUCUACUCGCUGAAGUUAAUCAAACGCCUCUACUUGGACAAGUCUCUCAGCCCUUCCACGGAGUUUGUCAGUUCCACAAAGAGGCCCUAUGCAAACGAAAUGGAAACUGUGGACUUUAAAGAAAAAUUGGAAGAAACCAAAGAGCAGAUCAAUAAAUCGAUGAAGGACCUCACAGAUGGGCACUUUGAGAACAUCUUGGCUGAGAGUAAUGUGACUGACCAGACUAAGAUCCUAAUGGUGAAUGCAGCCUAUUUCAUAGGAAAAUGGAUGAAGAAAUUUCCCGAAUCGGAAACCAAAGAGUGCCCUUUCCGAAUAAACAAGACAGACAGCAAACCGGUGCAGAUGAUGAAUAUGGAAGCGACUUUCUGCAUGGGCAAUGUCAAGGACAUAGACUGCAAGAUCAUAGAAGUCCCCUUCCAAAACAAACACCUGAGCAUGCUCAUUCUGCUCCCCCAAGAUGUGGAGGAUGGCACCACGGGCUUGGAGAAGGUUGAAAAGCAGCUCAGCUCGGAGACCCUGCUGGACUGGACCAACCCCAGCAUGAUGGCCAAUGCCAAGGUCAAACUGUCCAUCCCCAAAUUUAAGGUGGACACGAUGUUUGGUCCUCAGGCAGCCCUGGAGAAGCUGGGGAUGACCAAGGCCUUUGACACCUCUGCUGCCGAUUUCUCAGGGCUGACAGAGGUCAAGGGGGCUGCUCUGUCCCCAGUGGUCCAUGGGGCUAUGCUGGAGAUCACUGAGGACGGGGGUGAAUCUAUCGAAGUCCCUGGCUCCCGGAUUCUGCAGCACAAAGAUGAGUUCAAGGCCGACCACCCCUUCAUCUACAUCAUCAGGCACAACAAGACGCGCAACAUUGUCUUCUUCGGGAAGUUCUGCUCUCCCUAAAGCGGCCUGAGUUUAAUACAUCCAUCCUGCCUCUGCUGGUUCCUGUGGGCGCUUACAUCCCCACUCCCCUCCCCGUCCUCUCCUUCUCUCCCCUUCCUGCUCCCAGAGCCCCUUGCUGCAUCAGUGCCUGGUUGGCACUUUGGGCCAACACAGGGCUGGUAGUGCUGGUUCUUCCAGCCUCCACCCUCCUGGCAGCUCUUCCCCAGCCCCGAGCCCUGUCUCAGUCUCACCCUCACCCUCACCCAUCUGCACCUCUGGUGCCUCCUGCCAGCUCUCUGGGCUCGAAACUGCCCGUCCCCCUCAUCUCUUCUCCUCAUCCCCCCCACCCCCUCCUCCGGGGACUUGCUACUCCUAGGGUGGCAGAAACAAAGGCUUGAGAAAGGUAACAGAAGCCCCAGUCCUACCUGUGCCCAACUAGGACUCUGGACAGCAUCACUGGGAUGUUGCUCAAGGUCAAGGACUCACCUAGAGGGGGACACUUGGGGGACAUUUGUUGGUGGGAAGAAGAAGGUACAAGGGGACAUUCUUCUGUUUCUCCAGCUCCAUUUCUCUUCUCCCCAGCAGUGUCCUGCCUUCCCUGUUCCACCGUCUGCAUCUCAUGGGCCGGGGCCAGAACGGUGCACUCUAUGCUGGGCAGCAGUGAGAGAAUUCUGACGCUCCUGGGUUGGAGCAUUCUGGCUUCCACCCUCACGUCUCGCUCACGCUGUAGCCCACGCCUCACUCAGGCUUUCACCCUCACCUGUCCCCACCUCACUUCCACCCAGCCAGACCUCACCACGCCUCAUCACGCCCUCACCCGCACCUUGCCCAGAUGAUCAAAUAUGCUCCUUGUCUUCCAACCCCCACCUUCCCACCCUCUGCCCCCACUCUCCCUGCAGUCAUUCCCCUGCCCCUCUCCCUGCCCAAUUCUCCCUACUUGGGCAAUCCCUGCCACAGCCAGUCUCCCCGACUCUCUCUCUCACAGUCUGUAGUGCCUUGAAGCGUGCUGUCGCCAGGAAGAGAUGUCCAUCAGCUGCCGAGAAACUCCCACGGCCCCUCA